AUGGAGCAUCGAGUUAGGGCUUGCCCCCAUCGACCAAAUCCAGUGCCAGCUGCGACACAAACUCCGGCUCCAAAUUCUGUUCAGCCUCCGAGAGAGGUUCAGCAACCAUUCAGAGGUCAUGGUACUGCGAGACCCUACAAAGAGAGCAAUGAUGCUGAUGUCAAUGUAGGAACCUUCUUUAUUCAUUCUAUUUCGUAUUAUGCUCUUAUUGAAAUUGGUUCUACUCACUCGUACAUAGCUAGUGUUGUUUCUAUAAAUCUGGGUUUAACCGCUAAAAAUAGUGCUAGAGAGUUUUUUGUGAUUAGUCCUUUGGGUCAGUCAGUUCAAGUUGAUAGAGUAUACAGAGGGGUACCCCUAGAGCUCCAAGGUAUGUCUAGAUUGUGCAACAAGAGAGUUACUUUGAGAUCAAAUGAGACUGACGAGGUGGUCACGGUUGGUGAGUGUCGAGAUUACCUCUCUAAUGUAAUCUCCACUCUUAUAGCAGAUAAGUUAGUUCGAAAAGGGUGCGAGGCAUACCUUACUUACGUAUCCGAUUAUGUUUUCACAAAACUUUCGGUGGAAGAUAUCUGCACCGUGAGGGAGUUCCCGGGCGUCUUUCUUGAAGAAUUUUCUAGAGUACCUCCGAAUAGAGAGGUGGAGCUUGGAAUUGAUCUGUUACUGGGUACUACUCCAGUGUCCAUUGCGCCCUACUGUAUGGCACCGAAAGAGCUUACCGAGUUAAAAGCACAGCUGCAAGAACUCAUUGAUAGGGGAUUCAUUCGACCGAGUGUGUCUUCAUAG